AUGGCUUUUCGAAGACGAGAAGACCAGGCUGGAAGUAAUGCAGGCAGUGAACUUAGCCAUGGCUCUACGGCUACCAAUGGCUCCAGUGGAGAUUUGGAACUCAGGAUGAAAGAUCUGGAAAAGCAGUUUGCGCAUCGAAGACCGCAACACCACCGGCGUAUCUCAGACGCUGCUCCAGAGGGUACAGACAGAGAAAUUACAUUGUCAGAGCGAUUGAGGCAUUUCACAUGGGCCUGGUUCACGUUGACCAUGAGUACGGGAGGUUUGGCGACCCUACUCUCGGUGCAACCACACAAGUUUACAGGACUCAUGACUAUUGGCACAAUCGUAUACAUCUUCGAUCUGGUACUUUUCGUGAUUCUCUGCACGGCCAUCACAGCUCGCUUCAUCAUGUAUCCUGGCUCCUUCCACAAAUCACUCAAACACCCUUCGGAAGCUCUCUUCUUCCCAACCUUCUGGCUAUCUUUGCCGACAAUCAUCGGGGGCAUGAACAACUACGGUGUGGGAAACGUGGGCGACUGGCUUGUCGUAACACUGCGCGUUCUUUUCUGGCUAUACUUUGCUUGUACUUUCCUCGUCGCUGUGUGCCAGUACUGGUAUCUCUUCAUGGCAAAGCAGUUACUCGUCAAAUUCAUGGCACCCUCUUGGAUCCUACCAAUCUUCCCCGUCAUGCUGACAGGAACACUUGCAAACAUCAUUGCUAAGAACCAGCCUCCAGAGCAAAGACUUCCCAUCAUUGUCGCUGGUGUUGCAUCUCAAGGACUCGGAUGGACGGUCGCAGUCAUGAUCUAUGGCAUCAUGCUAGUCAGAUUAUUCCAGUACGGUCUCCCUCCACCACACGCACGACCCGGCAUGUUCAUCUGUGUUGGCCCUCCUGGGUUCACCAUCUUGGCACUGAUUGGCAUGUCAAACGCAUUGCCCGAGGGUUAUGGCUACUUUGCUAGCAACCCUACAGCAAUACCGGCUCUAAAGGCCAUGGCACUCUUCGUGGGUAUUUUUAUCUGGAUGAUUGGACUCUGGUGGUUCGCAAUCGCCCUUGUUAGUGUGCUCGCUGGCAUCAAGAAGAUGUCGUUCUCACUUGUCAACUGGGCAUUGGUCUUCCCGAAUGUCGGUUUCACCAUUGCAGUCAUCAACAUCGGUCAGCAAUUAGAAAGCCAGGGUAUUCAGUGGGUGGGCAGUAUCAUGAGCAUCUUGAUUUUUGUCAUGUGGCUCUUCAACCUAGUCACACAUGCUAGAGCUGUGUUGACCAAGCGUAUAAUGAUGCCUAAUCAAGACGAGGACCAAGGAGAGGAGGAAGAGUACUGA